UAUUGUCGUAGAACGAAAUGCGUAAGUGGCGUGAAAUUAUAUGCCCAUUGAAAAUUAUUAUACUUUCUUGCGACAGUAUAAUAUAAUGAAGUCACAUGGUGUUUUAAGUUUUGUGAUAGUAAUUAUAUUGGUCGCCAGAGUAUUUUCAAUAUCCUCCAUGGAUAAAACCAUUUAUUUUAUGGAUGAUGAUGGUCCAGAUAAUCAUAUAGCUGAUAUUAUAUCAUCUAAGAGUUAUUUGCCCGAUGAAAAUAACUUACCAAAGGCUUCCAUUGUAAAAAAUGAAGGAGAUGAUGUAACAUAUUUGUUAUCAAAAUUGUCAGAUGAAGAUUUAAUUAAAAUGUUAAAUGAUCAACCAUCUAAAAACAAUUAUGAUUUAAGCGAUAUUGCCAAAGUAGCUGCUGGAUUCAAUCUGAUCAAAGAAAAUCAAGCAUUGAAUUUAAAAGAAAGAGAUUCAAAUAAAAAAAGGCUUUAUGAAAAUUUAGAAGAGAAAAAUGAAGAUAGCAUUAUAGACAAAAAACCGAAACAAAUGCCGUUUUUUAGGCUUGAAAACAAAAAGAUUAGCUUAGAUGAAAAAAAUGACGCAAACUAUUUUGCACUGAAGAAAUUAAAUGAUCUUCUAAAUUCAAAACGGCAUUCUAUCCAAGACGAUAGUCUCGAUGACGAGAAGAGGGAGUUACUUUUUAAUGUACUUGUCAACCAAUUAAAAACUCUAUGUUGUAAAAAGACAGAGAAACAGAUCCAAAACGAAUUUGACACUCAGAAAAUUAAUUAUAAAAGAUCCAUUGAAUAUAUGUUUCUUAUACUAAAUGAUGAAAUAAAAACUAAUGGAAGUAAUGAACUAAUUACAGUAGAUCCUGAAACUUUACAGCAAAAUAGUAGCGUUUUAUUAUUAGGACCAAUCACAACAACCCUAACUGAUCGGCAGCUGAAAUUAAUCAUGAAGAGAAUCACAAUGGAACUAUCUAAACCUGAAUAUAUUACCCUCCUUCAGCAACUCUCUGAGGGCACUUUAGGUAGAAAUAAUGAACGCCUAAUCAAGAACUUUAUUAAUGGGUCUGAAACUCGUCGGUACAUAAAACCACAUCGAUGCAACCAUCAAUCAAAGUUAGCAAGAAUAUAUGGCGGGCCGAAGUGGCUAAUUUGUACAGGAUACAUAAAUCUAAAUACUCCAAGCUUAUAUGACUAACGUAUUAAGAAAAAUAACAUAUUUAAUAAAUACACCAAAUUACGGCUAAUAAUUUUCAUUCCUACAUUUUUGAUUCUUUGUCAGGCUUUUAGGUGAGAUUUUGAGACUCCCGCACGUAAAUGAUAUCCAUAUUAUAAUAGGUACUUGACGUUCCUUACGGGUUGACCAACUCUGCUUACAUACUUUUAACUAAGAUUUUUGCUUAUUUCUGAAUUGUUAAAAUAUAAUUAACUUUAAUUAAAAUUUGUAUUUAUAUUUAAAAAUUACUCGGGGAUUCUUGUUAAUAAUUACAAUCUUAAAAAAACCAUUGUUUAACACACUCUCUCCAUAUAUUUAUUACGCAAUUUUAAAACUAUAUACCUUUUAAAUGACUAAACAAGUAAACAAUUAAAACAAAAAAUAGUAGAAAAUUUAUCAUUAACUUAACAGUGUCCAUAUCCACUGAAUAAAUAUUUUAUGUAAAAUUUUGACGUUAAAAUGUUGUUUAAGUUCUUAAAUGAUAAUAAAAACACAGGUAACUAUAACAUGCAGAAACUGACUGGAGGCUAACAAGUAGUGUCUGAAGUGAUGUAAAAAGUCGAAAACUAAAUUUGUAUGAAAAUGAGAGUUUAUAUCGACAAAUUUUAUAGUUAACGCCGGAAACUGAAUCGGUAGUUAUCACCAUCAAUACCGCCUAUGACCUAUAUUAUCUUGACCGAGAUGCUACUACUACUGCUUUAUGGGUAGAAUUUU